AGCCCGGCUCGGCCCGGCAUGCAGGCGGUGGAGCGGGACGGGCCGGCGGGCAGCCCCGAGGGGGCGGCGGCUGCCGGGGAUGCCCCCCUGGAGCUGCCGUCACCGCCGCCCAAGGCCGCAGCCUCUGCUUUCGACCUGCUGGAGCUGGUGCGGAGCUACCGGCGAUUGGAGCUCUACCUGGAGCCGCUGCGGGACGCCGCCGAGGGCGUGCGCUCCCUCCUGCGGUGGCAGCGGCCCCUGUGCUCCCUCCUCGUCUGCCUCGGCCUCAACUUCCUCUUGCUGACCCUCGGCAAAGCCGCCUGGUACUCGGUGCUGGCGCUGCUGGUGGUGGUGCCGGCGCUGCUGGGCUACCUGCAGGAGACGUGCCGGGCCCAGCCCUCGGAGCCGGAGCUGGUGCGCAGGAAGUAUCACAGCGUGCGGCGGGAGGACCUGCGCAAGGUGCAGCUCUCAAAGCAGGAGGCCAUCGCCCAGGUCAAGAGCUUCCUGAUCCAGCUGGAGGGGUUCCUGAGCGGGAUGUGCUGCAGCUGCGAGGCAGUGUACCGUGUACUGUACUGGGAGAACCCCACUGUCUCUUCCCAAUUUUAUGGGGCACUGCUGGGCACUGUCUGCGUCCUUUACCUGCUGCCCCUCUGCUGGGUCCUGGCCAUCCUCAACAGCACCCUUUUCCUGGGCAACACCCAGUUCUACCAAGUGAUACUGGAGCUCAGGGCCUCGAUUGAGCAGUGUGUGGGAGCCAAACCCCUCGAGAGCGUUCCAGAGCCUGCUGAGCCCCUGCCUGCUGCUGCCCCCCUGGACCGGACCCCCACACCUACCAGCACAGAGGACCUUACCCCUGGCAGUGUGGAGGAGGCGGAGGAGGCAGAGCCUGAUGAAGAGUUCAAAGAUGCUAUCGAGGAGAACCAGCUGCUGGUCAUGGAGGAUGAUGAGAGCUCUCAGUGCUCAGCAGAUUUUGACCUCAGCCUCCCAGACAACGGUUUUAUGAGCAAAAACGAGGUGAUCCGCAGCAAAGUGUCGCGCCUCACCGAGCGCCUGCGCAAGCGUUACCCCAGCAACAACUUUGGGAGCUGCACUGGCUGUGGAGCCACCUUCUCUGUGCUCAAGAAGAGGCGGAGCUGCAGUAACUGUGGGAACAGCUUCUGCUCCAGGUGUUGCUCCUUCAAAGUUCCCAAGGCUGUGAUGGGAGCCACAGCCCCAGAGGCUCAGAGGGAGACGGUGUUCGUGUGUGCUCUGUGCAACCAGGUGCUCAUCAAGUGACUGCACCAGCCCCUGCCAGCUCCUGGGUCCUGCGCUGCCUGAUGCCUGGGCUACUUGGUUCCCAGCGUGGCAUCACCCUGCCAGAGGCUGCCUGUGCCCACUCCUCCUGCCUGUACCAGCUGGGUGCACACCAGCCCUCCUUUCCACGCAGCAUGUGCUGCACCAGCUGCGUCUCUGCGGCAGAGGGGCUGUGCCCCAUCUCCAUGACUGCCCCAUAGCAGCUGCUUCAAGCCCUGGCACU